GUCACCGCUGCACCACCGAUAUAAAUACAACCCGGAAACUACUGUCAACGCGUUUAAAUAACUAAAAAAAACCACAGAAAAAACAAAGAAAUGUCCAACAUUGUCUAGAACUGCCGUUAGUUGUGACAGAAGACACGAAGGGCCAUGCAGAGUCUGUCCCCGGUCCUCAAGCAGCAGAGCCCGCUGGAGGUCUACUGACUCCCAGGUUUGCACCUCCCAGUCUGCCAGAGACCACUUGGCCAUGUCUCGCCAGCUGGCCGCCAUCAUCACCACGCUCCUCGGGGCCACCUUUGGCGGUCUGCUCCUGUGGCGAGCGUACGGCACCAGGCGGAAGAGGCUCCCUUCCAUUCAGAGGGUGGCUGACUCCGCGCCUCCUGCCUGCGCCGACGUGCCGCCCGCGGAAGACCAUGGCGACCGGCACGCCUCGCCGGGGGAGCCGACGGCCUCGGAGUGUCCGGCGGCCUCCCCCGUGAGUUCGGAGCAGCUGCGGGGGCUGAAACUGGCGCUGGUGAGCUCCCAGGAGGAAUGGCAGAAGAUGUGGCCGCUGAUACAAAAGGACCUGGUGCUGUUCCCCGUGCUGGGACUGGACUGUGAAUGGGUGUCAAUGGAGGGCCGCCCCUCGGUGGUGUCCCUGCUCCAGCUGGCCUCCUGCUCCGGUCUGUGCGUGCUCGUGCGGCUCCUGGUGUUCCGUGACGGGCAGCGGUCCUUCCCGCCCGGUUUGGUGGAGGUGCUCCGCGACCCGCACGUCCUGAAGGCCGGCGUGGGCUGCUACGAAGACGGGAAGCGGCUGACGCGCGACUACGGCCUCUCGCUGAACUGCACGGUGGACCUUCGCUACCUCGCCUUGAGACAAAAGCAGGCGUCCAUCAGUAACGGACUGAGCCUGAAGUCGCUGGCGGCCGACGUGUUGAACGUCUCUCUGGACAAAUCGCUGCAGCUGCGAUGUAGCGACUGGGAGGCAGACCAACUGACUCCGGAGCAGGUGUCCUAUGCAGCCAGGGACGCCCAAGUCUCCAUCGCCCUCUUCCUGUCCCUCCUGGGCCUCCUCGCCCAAGCCGGCGGGAGCUCCUACGUGGAGCUGGCCGCCCGCUGCCAGGGGCUGCUGGACGUGCCAUUCAGGGGCCGACGUGGCGGAGACGAUGACGACGGCGAGAGGCGGCGGCGGAAUCGCUCGUUGAAAAGCCCAGAGUCUGGAGAUCAGCAAGUCCCAGACCCCAGGAAAAACAAUAAGAGAAAGCCGCUGGGCGUGGGUUACUCUGCCAGGAGGUCUCCGCUCUACGACAACUGCUUCCUGCACGCCCCCGACGGCCAGCCUCUGUGCACGUGUGACAAGAAGAAGGCCAAGUGGUACCUGGACAAAGGAAUAGGAGUUCUCCAGAGUGAAGAUCCAUUCGUGGUCCGGCUUCUCUUCGAGCCUUCCGGACGUCCGGACUCCCAGCAGGACUACUACCUCACGGCCAAGGAGAACCUCUGCGUGGUCUGCGGCAAAGCAGACUCCUACAUCCGGAAGAACAUCGUUCCUCACGAGUACCGGCGCCACUUCCCCUCCAAGAUGAAGGACCACAACUCGCAUGACAUCCUGCUGCUGUGCACCAGCUGCCACGCCGCCUCCAACGUACACGACGGCUUCUUCAAGGAGCAGCUGGCCGACGAGUUCGCCGCCCCGCAGGGCUGCGAGGGGGGCGUGCGCCUCAUGGAGGACGCGGACCGCCGGCGGGUGCGCUCGGCGGCCCGCGCCCUUCUCACUUCCGCCGACGGCCUGCCGGAGCAACGGCGGCAGGAGCUGCAGACGCUGGUCCGGCGCUUUUUCGCCGCGGGCGACGAGGGCGAGCCGACCGGGGAGGAGCUUCAGCGGGCCGCCGGCUUGGAGACGAGGAUCUUCAACGAGGCCUAUGUGCCGCACGGCCUGAAGGUGGUGCGCGCCCACGCCGAGCACGGCCUGCGCGGCCUGAUGGACCUGGAGCGGCGCUGGAGGCAGCACUUCCUCAGCGCCAUGCGCCCCGAAUACCUUCCCCCGCUCUGGUCCGUGCACCACAACCACGGCAAGUUCCUCCGCAAGUACGGAGAAGACCUGCCCGUCAAACUCAACUAAGAAGAGACGUACUGACCCGCGCCCCGUGACCACUGUGGAGUGGUCACCGUGGCGUGACCUGAGUGGGGGUCGGCACACUCCUCACCUGCAGCACUUUUUAGACAGAAGCCCGAUUAUUUAUGAACCUGACGUCAAAGAUUUUUUAAUGAGAAAAAGCUUCAUCGCACUCUUAGGUGAGGCUCACACUUUGUGAAGAUGGUUGUCCUACCUUUUUUUUCCGCCCUCCCGCCUGCUUCCCCUUCCCCAAAUAUUGUCUGUGUCAAGGCAAUAGAUUUAGAAUCUCCCUCAAGGGGGAGAUUUGACGCCUCGCCGGCGGGAGAGCCAUGCUAACGCGAGCUCGCUCCUUUUCCCGGUUCCCCUCACUAACACGCCACCCCCCGGCGGUGGCGCACUUCCCCCACAGGGUGGGACGUCUCCGAGGUCCAUGUUCUAGUGGGCCUCCUAGUCCCACGAGACCCCUGGGAGGGGUGCGCUCCAAGCCCGGGGACGUGACUUUGCAUCCACUGCAGAUAAUUUCACUUUGCGACGUCCUUCUACAACAUACCCCCCCCCCAAAAAAAACGCUAGCUGGCUCGUUAGCGCGACGACACAACCUCAGAGCAGAGAAAUGAAAUCUUUUGUACGUUUUGUCUCCCUAAAUUCUAAAUGAAACCCAGAAUAAAGUUUGUAUUCAAAGAGAAACAAACAAGCCACGUUCUGUAUUGUUUUGAUUUAUUUCUUACAAAAUCACAGUUUGAUAAAUAGUCUGUAGAAAAAAAGACGGUACAAAAUCGAGACAGUUGCCAUCAAAUGUGACUUUUUAGUGGUCGUGUACAAUCUAGUUCUGCUGGGUUAAGGCCUCUAGAUUUUGGCGUGAGAACAAUCCGUCAUCUGGCUUUCAUGGCUCAUGUGCAAAGAAAAAAGGUGUGGACAUGCUAAACGCUAACGGUCAGUGUCGACUAUGGCACGUGAGGCGGCUUCAUUCUUCUUCUUCUUCUCCGGGUUUCCACUUCCAAGUCGGACGUGUUGUUCGACCAGACUUCAGGAGCCGAGCGCCGCCGAGGAGUGAAAAUCACUCUGACAUCUUUACUGCAUGACCGAGACAUUACACUCGUAAAAGUACUGCAUAUUCGUAUCGCUCCAACAAAAACGACGAUUUCACGCCAAAAGGUGAUCGCGUCGUCGAGAAAACCGUUCCGUCACUUUUGAGUUUCUAACGUGUUCCCUUCUUUGCGGGUUUGUAAGAUUGUCACGUUAACAAAAAAGGGGAGAAAAUACAUCUUCGGCUUCAGUUCGGAAAUAAAAACCAAGGAACCGCCAAUUAAAAAUCGGUGUGUGACACGAACUCUUCCUCCAGUAUUUGGUCAAAUGUUUGGUGGGGCGGAAUACUUGACUCACGCCACUCAGAAGUCCACCAGGUCCAGGUCUGGAUCAACACCAAGGCUGUGUUCACGUUCGGUUUGGUUCAAGCCAACAAGCGUAAACCACCUCUGGUGUCCACAAUGACUAAAGACCAGGUGCUUGGUUUACAGGGCAUCUUUUGGUGACAUUUAGAUUUUUUCAAUGCCUGUGGGAACGGUAAGUAAAUCGGGACUGAAUCCAGAUGAAUCGGCCGAGUGUGAACACAGCCUGAAGUGUCAUCUAAACCGGAAUUUCUUUCAGUCCAAGUAUACAACGGAUGACGAGUCAUUUUGUUCCAAAGUCUUAAACAAGUUUUCUGUUUGGUCCAAGUCUCUUGUACACCACAUCAUAGUUUGUUUGUUUGUCUUUUAGUCCAAAAAAUCUGGUCUGUAUUGGGCCCAAGUCUAAAAAAUCCCAUUUGGUUCUCUGUCAAAGAUCACUCAUCCAAGUCUCUAGCUUGGUUAUCAAAUGACCUGGUCUAAGCAAUGUGGAACUUUAAGAAACUUGUUCAAAACGUCACGAGCAAGUCCGAAAUCAUUUGCAUCAGGUCUUGCAUAAGUCCCAAGUCACUAGUUACGAGUACAAGAAGAAAUCUCCCAUUGAUAGAUUUAAGCAUCCUUAAAGUCCUAGAAGAGUCAAAAGUCCUUUGGUACAAGUGCUCAGUCCUUUGGUCAAAGUAUGACGGAAGUCUUAUCGCAUGGUUCUGUGGAACUUGUACACGGAUUUAACAGAAGUCGAAAGGGACUCCCAAAGUCACUAGCAAGUUCAAACAUCUUUCCGUUCUAGUACUAUGUGAGGCCCAGGAUUUUUUUGAUCCAAGUCGUAGAUGAAAUAGUCAGUCAUAUCUCACCUGACGUAAGUGAUCUAAGCAAUCACAAAUCCAAAGGUCCUAGGUUCAAGUCCCUAGCAGGUCAUUCAUCCAAAACUACACCCAGUCCUUUUUUAUAGAAGUCAAGUUGUAAGUCCUAAAGUCCUACAUCUCUGCAAAAAGACAAAACCAAAGCGACAUCUUCUUUGCAGUCUCACCUCCGUCCUCCCCCCGGGUUCCCCAGUCAUUAUUGCUUACGUGUUCAAACAUCCAACAUUGUCCUGGUUUUUUCACAGGGACAUUUCACAGAGUCCAGCCGGCAGCUUCUGAGAGGCGAGCCGGUAGUUGCUGGUAUGGUCAGGGUUGUGGCGGCGUUCUUUGGCGUUUACU